AUGACCAGCCAAGAUCUCCUUCUCAUUCUUAUGCCAUUCACUCCUGACCCUAAUUGGGUUGAGAGCCUUCGCAAAACUAGCCCUGGACUCCGUGUCAAAAGUUACAAAGUUGACAUGUACGCCAACAAGAUUCCUGCAGAUAUUCCUGCCGAGACGUGGCAGGAGGUGACCAUUCUUUUCACUUGGAAAUCAUUUCCAACCAGAGAGCUGGCACCGAACAUCAAGUAUGUUCAGCUGCUCAGCGCUGGAUGCAAUCAGAUUUUGGACCUGCCACUGUUCAGAGAUACGGACAUUUCCUUUUGCACGUCAAAUGGUUUACACCCACCACAAAUUGCCGAAUGGGUCUUUGCAACCUUUUUGGCAUUUCAACACCACAUUCCGGAGUAUCUUGAGAAUCAGCGCAUGGCCAAAUGGGUUGACCCUGUAUCUGACGACGACACUGAAGAUGCCGUCGGAUUGCGAGUAGGCAUUCUGGGCUACGGCUGCGUUGGCCGCCAGUGCGCGAGGGUUGCUAAGGCAUUCGGCAUGGACGUCUACGCCUACACCCUGCACGAGCGCCCGACACCCGAGUCUCGCAAGGACGACUCCUUCAUUGAGCCCGGACUCGGAGAUCCCAACGGCGAGUUUCCGUCAAAGUGGUUUUUUGGACCCGAUCAGCUCAACGACUUCCUCGCGUCCGAUCUAGACUUGCUCGUCAUCAGCCUCCCCGGCACCGAGACGACACGGAGGAUGAUUGCACGUGAGCAGUUCAAGCUGUUGAGCAAGAAACGCACAUACGUCAGCAACGUCGGCCGGGGGUCUAUCGUUGAUACCGAUGAUCUUGUAGAUGCGCUGGACCAGGGUUUGAUCAGAGGAGCUGCUAUCGACGUCACGGAGCCGGAGCCCUUGCCGGCUGAUCAUAAGCUUUGGAAGUGCAAGAAUCUUAUUCUCACGCCUCACUGUUCUGGAAACUCCAAUCACUACUACGAGCGGAUUUGCAAGAUACUGGCGUACAACCUGGCAAGGAGGAGCAGGGGCGAGCCUCUCAUCAACGAGGUGGACAGAUCUUUGGGGUAUUAG